AUGCCUCCCUCUUCGAAGCCCGUCCUGCCUCCCAUCUCUACAUCAAAGUCUCCAACCUUCCCCUCUGAACUUCAUCAGAGCCCCGUGCAACUCAUGGGAAAGCUGGAGUGUCUCAAACAAGAGGAUGCUCUGCAGAAAACACCUAUCACACCCCCUGUGGCCUAUGCAGACUUCCUCAAGUCAGUCACUCCUGUCUUGACAAGUCCGAUGAGAACUGGCUCUUCUAUACUAUCUGAACGGAGCUCAGGACACUCGUCCCCAACCACUCAACCUUCAACUGCUAGCAGCACGUUCUUCUGUUCCUGCGACAGCCACAAGCCUCACAAGUCACCAGCUGUCUCCAUACCACCGCCAUCUCCAUUUGCUCACCCAAGAUCCGCCAGGACUCCCAAAUCCUUGCGCGCACUAAGAAUACCGCCAUCCCCAAGUAUGCGCUCACCCUUGAGCGCUUCGUCUCCCAAAAGCGCUUCUUGCACAUCAGCACGGUCGCAAUUUUCCCCAUCAGACUGGUGCGUCUCGCCAGGCGCUCGGUAUUUCGAACCUCCUCGAAGCGCAUCUGGACGGUCUGUUUGCGUUCGACAUGUUGUCACCCGCACAGUAACCUACAAGCGCACCCCACUGGAUCCAGCGCCCAAAGGCAAACGAAGGAAGACCAAUGAAUGA